UUCAAGUUAUUUAGAAAUUUUUGUUCAUUUUUAAAUUACGAUAAUUGGACAAUCAUCCUUACAAAAUUGAAACAAUUGCAUCUGUAAUUUAUCUUUUCUUUUAUUUAUCUUUAAGUUAUCUUAAAUUUAUCUUUUAUUCACCAUGAUGCGUUACGAAGAAGCGAAAGUUGAACGGCCAUACACAUGGCGAUGGUGGAGGAGUUUUAUUACUUAUCUCUGGCAUGUCAAAAAAUUCGCGAUGAAACUCUGUUUCAACAUGGGGGGAGAGAAAGAAGAAGAGGAAGAGGAGGAGGUGGGACUGAAGGCCAAAGUAGUGGCGGCCAUCAUCCUCCUCUGUCUGCUGAGUCUGUGCCAGAGCUUCACCGUCUACUCCAAGAACCUCUACAUAAUCUAUAUUGAGAAGGACCAGUCCCAAGGCCAGAGUGAAAUUCAACUAUUCCAGGGGGGACUGUUUUCAAACUGCGAGGUGUUCUACUAUGGCUCAGACGGAGAUUUGGAGGAAAUCUUCAAUUGUCCGGACUCCGUUACAAUCCAGUUUGCUCAAGCGUUCUUCAUUCUGGCCAACUUUGCUGGAGUGUUUUUGGUUGUGUGGUAUGUGUGCAUGCUCAUCUGCACUGGGGCCAAGUGGGAAGCAAGACUCAAAUCCAAACUCCCACUCAUAUUCUCAUUCGUAUACUCCCUGCUUCUCUGUAUCGGUUGUUUGUGCUUCACAAUCAUGCUCAUUCAAGAGGGCUUCAAAAUCCACUGGGCAGGCUACGUGGCAUGGGCCGCCUUUGGGGAGGCAUUCAUCGCAAUGGUAGUGGCCAUCACUCUACCCUCAAUCGAAGACGAGGAAAAAGAAAAGAACAAAGAUGACUCCGAAGCCAUAACUGGCGACGACCAUCAAUCAGCGAACAAAGUUGUGAAUACUAGUUUAUAACAGAUUCGAAUGACUUUCCGAAUUUGAGUGUAACUUCAAUAAGUAUGUUUAGUAACCGGGUGUUUAGCUAUUAAUAAAAAUUUCAA